GUGAUUUGCAAUACCCAAUUUGUGAAGAAGAAAAAAAUACCCAAUUUGAUUGUUUUGCCUUACGUUAAAAAUAAAAAAUAAAAAAUAAAAAAAUAAAUAAAUACUGUACCCAAUUUGAUUUAAGUGACCUGUUUCUGGGUGCUAAUAUCUUCUCCGCUCUGUAAGCUAUCGUUCUUACACACGCCGCAAAAGCUUAAAACCAAAGUUAAGACAAAGACCCUAGAUCAACAUCAGACUACUAAAAUAUUCUUUAUGGAGAUCGUGGAAGACAGAAAAUCUGGAUCCUUAGUUUUACUGAAGCAAGGCGCUGAAGCUAAAAUUUUGGAGUCAACCUUUAUGGGAAGGAGAUCUGUUGUUAAGGAACGUUUCUCAAAGAAGUACAGGCAUCCGUCAUUAGAUUCAAAGCUUACUCUCAAACGCUUAAAUGCGGAGGCUAGAUGCAUGACAAAAGCUAGAAAACUUGGGGUUUUGACUCCAAUUAUUUAUGCUGUUGACCCUGUGUUGCAUACCCUAACAUUUGAAUAUGUGGAGGGUCCUUCUGUCAAAGACAUAUUCCUUGACUCUGGAGCACAUGGCAUUGUUAAAGAACAAAUAGAUGAUAUUGCAGUGAAGAUUGGUGGUGCAAUAGGCAAACUACAUGAUGGUGGCCUAAUACAUGGUGAUUUGACCACAUCAAACAUGUUAGUCCGAAAUAAUAGCAAUCAGUUGGUACUCAUCGACUUUGGUUUGGGCUUCACUUCAACUCUUGCAGAAGAUAAGGCAGUUGAUUUGUAUGUACUGGAAAGAGCUUUACUUGCAAUGCAUUCUUCAUGUGGGAAUGUGAUGGAUCAAAUACUUGUUGCAUACAGGAAGUCCUCAAAGCAAUGGUCAUCAACAUUGAAUAAGCUAGCUCAAGUGAGACAAAGAGGGAGAAAGCGUGUCAUGAUAGGUUGAGUUUCUUCCACCUGUUGUUCCACAUUAAGGAUGAAAAAUCACACCCUUGCCCAGCUCAUAUGGUAGGCAGCAGGUCCGUUGGCACGAGCAUUUUCCGUCAUGAAGAAAACAAUGCUUUGGACAUCCGUAGGAUCUCGCUUGAGAUGAGUUGGAUGUUAGGUGAGGAAGAUAUUUUGACCAUGUAAGCGAUUGUGAAAAAGAAAAAUAGUCCCACUUGGACUGCAGGAGUUUAGGGUAUUAUUAUUCUUUUCAUUGUAGUAUGUUGAUACAAUUGGAAGUUGUUGUGUCGCUUUCUAUAUAGUUGUGGAUAUUUUCAAUGAAGAUCAACAUUCUGUCC